AGUAAGCAGUGAGGGUUGGAGAGAGCUGGAGGGAAGGAGAUCAGAGAGCAAAAAAGAAGGUAGAGAGAGAAAAAAAAGGAUAGAAGAACAGAUGCUAUAGCUCGUCUCUUUGCCUACUGACGCCUGAGCUGGGUUCAUCGCUGCGUGUGUGUGACGCGCACGGGGGAGUGUGUGUGUGUGUGACGGCAGCCGCGGCGGCAGCAGCAGCAGCAGGGGAGGACGGAUCAAAGAGAUUGUAGGACACGAUGCAUUUAGCAGCCUAACGUAUCUACGCACACACUGCAGCCGGCGAAAGGAGAACACGCUCAUACUACACGCAUCCGCACGCAGCCCACCCCACACACACACACACACACACACACCACGCGUGUGUGGGGACAGCGCAGAUGAAGCAACCACCAAAGGGAGGUGUGGAUCUUUCCAGAAGCGUUUAGUAGGGGAGGGGACAGCCUUGGUGGCCGAAGCCCAGCAGGAGCGGUCGUAGGUGGGGAAGGGUCGGACCGCCGACCGCCGCCAGUUUUCUUCAGAGCUCUGGAAACGGCGAAGAUGGACAUGUCCUUCAUUUCUCUCUUCCUCACGGCAGUGUCUGCUUCCUCCGAGCUGCGUCGCUGUCGCCGGGCUUGUCUGUCAGCCGUGUGCGUGUCCGCAGGGGGAUUCGAUAACGUGCAGUGUUGAAAAACACACACACACAGAACACACCUGGAGAUCAGCUGUUCCAAUUCACUGAUACCGCAGCCUCUCUGCUCUGCUGAAGGAUGGAUUCAGGGGAAGACGAGUGCACCCGUUUCCUACAGUACGUGGAGGACAGUGGUCUGAGGGCGUACGACGAGCUGGUUAUCCAGAACGCCUCCGACAUUGCCCGAGAGAGCGACCGUGUCCGCAACCACACACACUGGGCAUACAUACAGGAGAAAACCCAGAAGAAGAGACGGCAGGAGGAAGCUAUCAAGAGGAUUGGUGAGGAUGUGGCCCGUGUGACAGAGGGAGGGGGAUACGCAGGCAAACACUUUCGUAUGGGCUUCAUGACGAUGCCGGCCCCUCAGGACCGAGUUCCUCCUCCCUGCGGCCUGGGCUUCACCGUACGCUCGCAGUCUCUGCACUCAGUGGGAGGGGGAGAGGAGGAGGGGAGUCCCACCUCACGAAAACAGCCCCCGCCCAAACCCAGACGAGAUCCUAACACCAAACUCAGCACUUCCUCUGAGACUGUCAACACUGGGCUCAGCACGGGGAAGAGCGGGAAGGAAACAGAGAAAAGUGACGCAUCUAAAUCCCGCCCCUGCAGUGAGGAGUACCGUCGCAUGCCUCCGCCCAAACCCAAACGCAAUCCCAACACGCAGCUCAGCACAUCCUUUGACGAGUCUUACAUUCAAAACCACAGCAGCAAGGUUAAGUCUGCCUCUCUGCCACGACAACACAAAAAGAGUCAGGCGUCUCAGAAUCAAAGCCCCGCCCCUGCCACUGAUGAUGAGGCGGAGCCUGUUUAUAUAGAGAUGGUGGGGAAUAUCUUACGAGACUUCAGUCGAAUUUCCGGAGCUAAUGCCGAUGAAGAGGAUGACCAAGGUGAAAGUGUGUAUGAGGAGAUGAAAUAUCCUGCCUAUGACGAUUUACCUUCAUCCUUAGACCACGGCCAGUCACGAUGGGAGCAGUGUCCCACUCCGUUGGUGCCGGAAGUAGAACUCACACGACCCACCACUCCACGUGGUUCACUCUGUGACAUUCCCGCCCCGUUCCCGAAUUUGCUUUCCCACCGCCCUCCUCUACUAGUAUUCCCACCUGCACCAGCCCAGUGUUCCCCCAACUCUGACGAAUCUCCUCUUACUCCAUUGGAUGUCACCAAACUGCCCAUGUUGGAGAACGUCGGAUUUGUUAAACCUGGUGCAUCCCCAACUAGCGCUGAUCCCGGACCACAGCUGGAGGCACAGCAGGCGUCUGGUAAACACCACCACCACCAUCAUCAUCAUCACCAUCAUCAUCAUAAGAAGUCAGCAGAGACUAAGGAGCAACAAACAAUCACAGCAUCAGGACGGUCCUCCGCUCCACCCCUGCCAUCUGCUCUGUACAAAAGCGGUGGGUCGUCUGCGGCACACGGGUACCCACGGAGCCACUCCGCCUGCCCGUCCCCCGUCAGUAUGGGUCGUGCAUUAACACCACUCACCCUGAAGCGCCCCCCGCCGUAUGAUGCUCUUAUGACCGGGACGAUUCCGCGCAGCGCUUCUGGAGUUCCACAUGGAUCACGUGAAAGUGGCCGGCUCUCGAAUUCCUCUAGUGUGCAUGGGGGCUCCAUGCAAAAUGUCUCCACUGCUUCGGGUUCAAGCUCAGGGUCUGGAGGUCGAGGCUGUCGUACACCAACCAGUCCUUUGGAUGAGCUCAGCAACUUGUUCUCUUCCGGACGCAACAUGCUGAAGAAAGGUUCUGGAAGCCGCAAGAACAAAGAGUCAGCAGAUGGUGAAAGUAAAGGCAGAAGUGACAGUAGGGACAGAGCCCUUCGUAGCUCUUCCCCGAAAUCACAGGAUUGGGAAACGCCCACAGGACAAUCAGCCACACCCACAGCCACGCCCAGUCGGUUUGGCCGCUCUUCCAUCAGCCCGACCACCAUGCUUGGGGAAACAAAAGCCGGGUGUAAACUUGGUCGCUCCGCAUCCACGUCAGGAGUCCCGUCCCCUGUGGGAACGCCCCAAAGACACGCACCCGAUGCCUCCGCCCAACAGUGCGGGACCCCGUUCCAGAUGCCCCCAAUGCCUUGGGCAUGUGGGGACAGCACCAUGAUGGAGAUGAUUGAGAAGAAACGUCACCUGUGCAAGGAGAUAAAAGCCAGGCAGAGACCUCCAGACAAAGCCCUGUGCAAGCAGGACAGCAUGCCCAUCCUGCCCAGCUGGAAGAAGACCAACGGGGGCAAAAAAUACGGGCCCCCUCCAUACUCCACCCAAACCACUGUCUUCUGGGACACUGCUAUAUAAAGUGCGACCAGCGAACUACAGCCAUGGAGAUGCACAAACUGAGGGGGCGUGUCCAAAUAUUGAUUGACAGCUAGCAGGAAGCAGGACUACGCAACAUACACAGUGAAGGAUCCUCAAAUCUCCCUGGUUUCCCAUCGCUGUUUAUAUUUGAUAUUUUUAUAUCGGAGAUUACUGUCUUAAUAUUAAAUAUGAUUAAUAUAAUUAGCGGUUUUAUAAAGAGGAACUCUCUAAAUGAGAUCUAAGAGUGAAAAUAGUACACUUUUAACCCAUGAGAUGAUAUUUGUCCUCUUCUAAAUGGUAUUUCUAUUUAUUUUCUAUCCUUUUUUGGGGGGGUGUUUCUAUAUUUGGCACUCAUCCAUGUGUCUGGGGAAAUAAUCUAUAAUGUAUGGUGAAAUAUGUGCAGUAAUUCCAUUGAGAAAACACCGUUGUUUUUGAUGCCUAUGCAUUUGGUUAUACGGCAUGGACGGCGCUUUUGUUCAUUGUCUGUUUUUCAUAUGGAGAGUUUAUUUGAAAAUAAUAUAUUUUUGGUGUCUGUACUUUAAAUGUCGGAUUGUGAGUUGUCAGGCCGUUGUUCCUAUGACUUCUGGGUUGGACUUGAAGGCGAUCGGCUGGGUUGUGAGCUAUUAGGUGGGUUUGAUUAGUCGGACCGGAUUAUGAGAUAACUGGGUUAUUAAAGUAUGGAUCUGGCUGUUUUAUAAGGCAGUUGGUCAGAUAUUGAGUAUGCGGUCAGAUAAACUGUGAGGGCACUUUCUGUUUUGUGAGGUCAGCUGGUGCAUUUCAAUCGUGAGUGCUGUAAACUCACAAACACACACUAAUAUCAGCUGCUUUAUGGCCUAACAUUUGGUGCUGUUCAACUCCUUUCUUGAAUGUUCAACCUUAACAGCUACAUGACAGUCAUACACAUAAUAAAAAUUGUAAAAAAAUUAGCGUGGGCGGUUUGCACAUGAUCAGGGAUCGAAUGAUGAAGUUUCAUACAUCCGGUCCUCUAGCAUGUCAGAUAAUAAAUCUCGAAUACAGACGCCGUCCUUUUAUGAAGCACUAUGCAGACAUACUGUCAGUUUACACACUCAUAUAUCAUUGUGACACGAGUCAAGGGCAGGCAAGAGGCAAUAUCGUACUGAAAAGGCUCAGAAAGAAAAGACCAGGCCGUCGUUUACUCUGAUCAGAUGCUGUGCAUCCAGGCUACACCCAUAGCAUUACCACACAGUCAAAGAGCCAUGCCAGUGCAUUUACGCACACUUUACUUUAUGUCAACUAGUCAUCAUAAGCACUAGAACACUAGGAUGCCAAGCACAGUCUUGAAAUGACAGGAGAGUAAAUGCCUUUCUGUGCAUGUUAAAGAAUGAUUCUGGAAUCAGAUCAGAUGAUUUGGGCCAAGAAACAUAUUAAAUGCAAGUACACAAACACUAACGCAUUGUAAGAGCAAGGCCCAUUGAACUGUCAUGGAAUGCGCAGCAUUAUUCAAUGUGUUGAUGUAAUUUCAACUGAAACAGGAAGACAGGGCAGGACAUAUCGAACAGCUCCACCCCUUUUUAAAAAUAGCCAAUAGCGUUUUGUUUAUACCACAGCUCGGCCAGAGCCGUUAAACUCGGUAAAACGUCAGUUUCCUUCUAAUCUCUAACAGUUUCUCCUCCUAAUGUCCUCUAUAUCACUUUAAAAUACAACAUUCUGUGCAGAAUUCAAAUGGGUCCGAUACCUUUUGUGAUCUGAGCCGACUCAUGGUCCGUGGAUAUGACCCACUCUGUGUUCUCGUGGCGGUUCACGUGACACUAACGCGAAGACGGACUUUAUUUGCGUCAAUGGAAAGCAUAUUUACAGUCUGAAUCGUUCCCUAUUCUCUAUAUAGUGCACUAUGUGCCAUUCACCAUGUAGAAAAUAGUAAAUGUGUGAGCAAAUAACCGAUUUCAGCUGCAGCUUCAGCGUCUGUAUAGUGUAGGAGGGGGCGGGACUUCAGAUUCUAGAGAACAUUUGAUUGGACAGAAGAUUUGAUGAGAAGCUGAAGUGCGAUGUGAUGUCAUGAAGAUCUGUGAUCCAUUUUAGCGGAAGUGAGAGACUAAGUUUUGAAUGGUUAUAUCUCCUAAAUUCGAAUUUUGUCAUUGUUUUGGAACACACCAGCUUAUUCAUAACCUUAAGGCUAACAUAUUCAUAGUAAAAUUAGGAUUAGUUCGCUUUGAAAUGAAAGUAACCACAUGAUUUACUCACCCUCAAGCUAUUCUAGGUGUAUAUGACUUUCUUCUUUCAGACGAAUACAUUCGGAGUUAUAUUAAUAAUCACCCUGAUGC